GCGCUCCAUUCAUUGCGCCCGGCUGAAAGAAGGAGAAGCGUCUGCGCGCGUGCGGCUCCGCGAUUCUGUACGGUUCCCCCGCCGAGCGCCGUUCACGCGUUUGGCCGUUUACAGGAACACUUUGCGGACACACACACACGAAACACAGCGUUACCUCACCGCAAACAUUUGGACAGGCUACUAAACAUGGGAAAACACAACAGCAAGCUUGCUCCAGAGGUUCUGGAUGACCUGACCAAGAAUACAGAGUUCAAUGAAGCAGAGUUAAAGCAGUGGUAUAAAGGCUUCUUGAAGGACUGUCCCUCUGGUAUCCUUAACCUGGAAGAGUUUCAGCAGCUUUAUGUCAAGUUCUUCCCCUAUGGUGAUGCCUCCAAAUUUGCUCAGCAUGCCUUUCGCACCUUUGACAAAAAUGGCGACGGCACUAUUGACUUCAGGGAGUUCAUCUGUGCCCUGUCCAUCACCUCUCGAGGAAGCUUUGAGCAGAAACUCAACUGGGCCUUCAACAUGUAUGACUUGGAUGGAGAUGGCAAGAUUACACGCAUGGAGAUGCUUGAAAUUAUAGAGGCGAUUUAUAAAAUGGUUGGCACAGUGAUUAUGAUGCGCAUGAACGAAGAUGGCUUGACACCUCAGCAGCGUGUGGACAAGAUCUUCAGCAAGAUGGACAAAGAUCAUAAUGAUGAGAUCACACUGGAGGAGUUCAAAGAGGCAGCCAAAAGCGAUCCUUCCAUCGUCCUCCUACUGCAAUGUGACAUGCAGAAGUAAGGGAUGAAGAGGAAAGAGAGGGUGAGAGAGGGUAGGAGGGUGUAGGUAUAGAGCAGGAGCUAUGAAGCAACAUGUACAGACAUUAAGACAGAAGUAGGUUAGUAAGAGUAGAAUUAUAACACCAUGUACAUAUAGUAGAUUGCAGUAGAAUUGUGAGAGUUAACAGGUUUUGGGACAGAUUAGAGAAUUUCAAUGGGGAGUGAUGAAAGCCUGCAUCGUUGGUCAUGCAGUGAACCUCACUGCUUGUUAGACAAUUGUACCAUGCCAUUGUGGCUUUCAGGUCCCAGCCUAAAAGAUACUGAAGAACAUACAACAUUAUUUAAAAAGGCCAUUUUAAUAUGUAAUACUCCUGACCAUUGGAAUUUUGAUAAACAGUAGAAACCAUGCAAAUUUAGUGAACAUUUCUGCAAAACUGGGGCAGCUCUGUAUUCUUAAGGUAUUUGUCUCCUUUAAAUUUUGUCUACGUCUAAACAUCAAACAGCCAAUAGAUUUUUUUAACCAGUAAACACAGAUAAAGGACCAUAUUCAGAGUUGAGUUAAACGCACAUAGUGAGGGUCUAAUACCAAAAAUGCGCACACCGGCAUUCAAAGCUCAAAUAUAACUACAGAUUUGCUCACAACUCAGAUAGUUGCAUGGGAGGCGUGCGGCCAAAACCAAAGGCACGUCUCAAGUACGUGCAAUUCUGACCUUGAACUUAAGCCAAUUUUCUCAUGCAAUGUCAGCAUGAACGAGGAGCAGUAUUAAGUCCAGCAUCACUGGCUGAUAAUUUGAUGUAGCCACUAUACGUCAGACUGAAAUUUCAGUUUCUGGCUCUAAGUACAUUAAAACAAAAACCUUGAAUGAUAUCAGAGAAAACAGCUUCCAAACUGGAGACAUUACUCUUAAUCGAGACUUAACCCAAAGACUGAAUUAAAUAAUAAUGAAAUAAGCCUAUACGUAAAAGAUGAGUGUUCAGUCAGCUUAUCCUUCAAACUGUGGGCACGUUAUGUUUGCAUAUGGCAUGCACGGGAUGAACAAAUUUAUUUAAUUAUAUCUGAAAUUAAAAGCAUGCGGUGAUACAAGUGCUAUUUUAUAAUUUGCUGUGUAAUGAUGCGAGGAACCAUAUUGUUAAAUUAAACCAAAUUUGCCAAAUUAAUGUGAAAAUGACAACAUGGAUUAUUCAUGAAACAAUACAUUUGUAAUUUAGACUUCUGCUGCCAUUUUUUCAUUCAUUUAUAAGCAUUUUGUUUUAUUUGCAUAUUUUUAUUUUGCAUAUUGUAGCUGGCAACAAAAGGAAGAAAAUAUGAUCAAAUUAUCAUUUGAUUUCUAUGUUGUUGUUUUUUUAUCUUCUUAUCUGCUGAAUUUGUUAAGUUUAAAAGCAAGCAGUUGUGUUUAAAGGCUGUGGUUCUGGCACUGUUAAAAACCCCUGGCACUGUUGAAAACCCCAGCACUUCUACUCAUAAAACACAGGUCAUUUUAAUAAUCUAAAUGUGUUAUCCAGAAAAUCCUAUUAAACAGCUAACUAACUAAUACCGAACAUUAUCCUCAUGUAUCCUCAAUAUCAACAUAUUUUUUAACUAAAUCCUCCAACUCUGAAUAUGGCCCAAAGGAGAUAAAAGCUUGUGCAGUGUUGUAAUUAUGAUGGAUAUAAGACAUACCACCAUAAACUACUAUCCCUUAUUUGAGACUGAUUCAUCAGCUGCGAUGACAAAAUACAGCUUGAAACUUCUAUCCGAGUUAAACAUCAAGGUUUGAAAUAAUGAAUAAUUAUUGUCUCACACUUGGGGGUCACUCUCACAUAUCAAAAAGGAAUUUUGCUAGCCUUAACUAUUAGAAUAUAUGUAUAUGUAACUAGUGAAAUGUAAAUGUUUCAUGAGACCUACUUUCAUAUUACAACACUGCUGCAUUUGUGUUUAAACACAAAAAUACACACUGUAUAGGAUAUCAGUCUGUGUCAAUGUGUGAAAGCGUGAAAAAGUGGAAAUGUGAGGAUUUGUAUGUGCAAACGUGUGUAUACAUAUGUCUGUAGUAGUUUGUAUGUAUACAUGUGUGUGCGUGUGUGUGUGUGUGUGUGUGUGUGUGUGUGUGGUUGAAUGAAUGUGGUUUUGGGAAACAAUGGCCUCAGUCUCGGAUUUUCUGUUCUAGUAGCUGUCCACACCAGUUUUAAGAGUAUUAAAGUGAUGUUUGUUGUUGCUGGUGUGGUCGUCACUGUUCUUACUGGUUUUCUAAUCAGAGCUAUCUUUCUCUGCCGUCCUGAUGACAUAUAAUCAUUUUCGUGUGCCUCAGUGUACAGCCUUAGCAGAUAAAUAAUCGUAAUUGUAUUAAUAUUGUCCAAAUGUCUUUUGCUCUUUUUCCCCCUCUGGUAUAGUCAACGUGAACGCAUUCGGAAGUCGAAAACUCUGUGUUUCCGCAAUAUUCACGCUGCAAUACUUAGGAGAAUAUUGUUGCACUACGUAGAGGCAAAUACUUCUUGUUUUAUACUGCCACUUAGUGGUGAAAUAUUUACCAUUUUUUUCAGUAGGGAGUAGUGUGGAGACUAAAGUGCUGAGAUUUUCCAGCUUCCUCUUACAUACAACAACAUAAUGGAGCAAAAUAAACAAAUAAAUGAAUAAAUAAAACAAUAAUAGAACAUGAUUUCUGAUACUUAUUGAGCUUAGAGAAAAUAGAGAUUCCCCCUCCCCUCGCCCCCUGUAUUUUAUUUAAUAUCUGCCAUUAUUUUCACACUAAGCUUGCGUUAGUCUAAAUUGCAAAUUCGUGUCAGUGGCGAUUUUAUUCUAGCUUGUACGUAGAGGAAAGUCACGUAGAUUCCAGCUUCUCAACAGUGGCUUAAAACCCUUUUAACUAAGUGGCUUUAGUAGAUGAUGUAAUGGUAAUGAAUUUGCAGUUGAUUCUCCAGUAGAGCUCAUAAAGUCACAGCUACCUGUACAUCAUUUGACACUGUUAAUAUAACUGGGAUAUAUUUUCCUUUUGCAUUUCAUUACCACAUUUAUCACAUCUGAUGGAAGCUUGAUUUAAGUUCUUGCUGUUGAAUGUAGAAAUGAUGUGGAUUAUACCAUGAAUAUUAGAGUUGCACAAUAUCAGCUAAAUUGAUCAUCAUUUUAAUUUGAUCAGUACUGAAAUCUCAAUUAUCAUCCAGUUUAUCCAAUUUAGGAAUACAAUUGACCUGUUCAUAUCAUUAUAUGGUAUCAGAAAAAAAGGGGUGGGGAUCCUUUCAGAUUAUUUAUUAGAUUUCUGUAUUCAUUAAUUUGUAUAUAUUGCAUUAUAUUAUUAAAACAGGUAAAAAAAAAUUGAAUGCUUAAUUGAGGAAGGCAAAAAAUGAUGAAAGCAUGAUCAUGAUUCAAAUAAGAUUGUACAGCUCUAAUGAAUGUGGUAUUUGUAUUAGAGAUACACAGUUUCACUACAUCCACUAUGAGUCUCUGUUACAAUCAUUUCACAGCUUCACAAGAUUCUGUUAUGUUCACGUACAUCCCAGAUUAUAAAGCAUCAAAGGGAAUAAUUACGAACCAGUUGUGCAAUACACUUUUAAUAAUAUAUUCAUGUGCUGUGUUCUCUUCAUAUCUUUUCAAUUCUGUUAACAUUUUGCUUUUCAAUAUUGUAACUGUAAAGUUCCCCAAACAAAGAUGUGUUAUUUUUGGUACAUAGAUGAAUAAAAUUGUGGGUGUCUACUGAA